AUGCGUCCUCUCGUUAUCGCGGCCGUAGCAUUGACCGGCCUUUGUACUGCCCAUGUUCAAUCUGCAGCAGGAAUCAAAGCGCUCGUGCAACGAAGGCUACCCAACCAUGCCCGCGACUUCACCUUCUCGUUAACAACCCUCCCAUCAUCUUACGCCCCGACCAACAGCACAACCAGCAAGCAAAACGACGAGUACACCGUCUCCAACAGCGGCAACAACACCAUCCACAUCAGCGGCAACUCCCCCAUCGCUCUCGCCAGCGGUCUGCGCUGGUAUUUCACCACCUACCUCCACCUCGACAUCUACUGGUUCAUCGGCUCUCGCCUGCAUCUCGCCCCUCAGAUCCUGCCGCCACUCAACGCUACACACCACGGCUCAAGCAUAGUCCCCUGGCGCUAUCACUUCAACACCGUGACCUUCUCCUACACCACCGCGUUCUGGACCUGGGACGACUGGGAGCUCCAGCUCGAUUGGCUUGCCCUGCGAGGCGUCAAUCUGCCCCUGGCGUGGGUGGGAUAUGAGAAGAUACUCACGGAUGUCUUCCUCGAUGCGGGAUUCUCUGCCGACGAUGUCGCAGGCUUUCUGUCUGGCCCGGCCUUCCAAGCCUGGAAUAGGUUCGGGAAUAUCCAAGGCUCGUGGGGAGGGGAGCUGCCGAUGAGUUGGAUCAACAGUCAGUCUGGUCUGCAGAAGAAGAUUGUGGCGAGGAUGGUGGAGUUGGGUAUGACGCCAGUCCUGCCUUGCUUCACUGGCUUCGUGCCGGAACAGAUUGGGGAGUACUAUCCCAAUGCCUCGUUUGUGAAAGGGGAUCAAUGGGAGGGCCUCGCUCCUGCGUACACUAAUGUCACCUUCUUGGAGCCGUUCGAUCCGCUGUUUGCGAAGUUGCAAAAGAGCUUUUUGACCAAGCAGACUGCAGCAUACGGGAACGUUACGAGUAUCUACACGCUGGAUCAGUACAAUGAGAACGAUCCUUACUCUGGAGAUCUGGACUACUUGCGGAACGUGACAAGCAGUACCAUCGCGAGUCUCAAGGCUGCAGAUGAAAACGCCAUAUGGUUGAUCCAAGGCUGGCUGUUCUACAGCUCGGCGACUUUCUGGACGAACGACAGGAUCGAAGCAUACCUUGGCGGCGUCGACAACUCGGACAUGAUCAUCCUCGACCUCUUCUCCGAAACCCAGCCGCAAUGGCAGCGGACGAGCUCUUACUACGGCAAGCCGUGGAUCUGGUGUGAGCUGCAUGACUAUGGCGGAAACAUGGGUCUAUAUGGACAGGUGGAGAAUGUCACGAUCAACCCUGUACAGGCUCUAGCGAACGAGUCUUCGACCAUUAUUGGCAUGGGCCUGACGAUGGAGGGUCAAGAAGGUAACGAGAUCAUGUAUGACAUUCUGCUCGACCAGGCUUGGUCGAGCAAACCUCUAGAUAGCCGUGUCUACUUCGGCGAGUGGGUGACGAGCAGGUAUCACGGCGCUGCUUCGCUGCCUGCAGGCCUGUACAGCGCCUGGGAUACCACGCGCCAAACUGUCUACAACAACACCGAGAUCAGCCUCGCAAACGCGGUCACGAAGUCGAUCUUCGAGCUGCAGCCGAAUACCACGGGCCUACUGAAUCGGACCGGACACCAUCCCACAACCAUCCAGUACGAACCCAGCGUCUUGGUUAGCGCUUGGAAAGACUUCUACGGCGCUGCUGCGCAAGAGCCGACGCUGUGGGACAACACGGCAUACACCUUCGACCUGACAGACAUCACGAGACAGGUCAUGGCGAACGCCUUCGAUCCCCUCUACGCCAACUUCAUAGCGGCCGCGAACAGGUCACUCAACGCCACCACGUACGCACCAGCUACAGCAGCGCAGACAGGCCAGCGCAUGAUCGCGCUCCUUUACGAUCUAGAUGCCGUCCUCGCCGCAAGCGGCGAACCGCACUUCAACCUCGCCGCCUGGAUCGCCACAGCUCGUGCCUGGGCGUCGCCCACCACCGACCUCCCCGUCGGCAGUGCAACCGCCGGCAGCGUAAACACCUCGCUAAUCGCCCAAGUCGCAAGCUUCUACGAGUACAACGCCCGCAACCAGAUCACGCUGUGGGGUCCAACCACAGGCCAGGUCAGCGACUACGCCUCGAAGCAGUGGGCCGGGCUUCUGAGCUCUUACUACGUUCCCCGCUGGCGGAUGUUUGUCGAAUACACGAUGAAUACCACCACCACUGCUGCCAAUGGUGCGAAUGCCGCGCUCAGUGCUAGUCUGCUGGACUUCGAGGAGGCGUGGCAGGUGCAGACUUGGGGUGAGUCGCUCGGGGAGAGCUAUGAUGCUCCUACGACGCGACAAGGCGAGCUGCAGAGAGUCCUUGCUAGGGUUGUGAGGGCUUGGCCGGAAGUGUUCGGGGUGAGCUAG